UCGCGCGAGUUCCCUCUUUUAGCGGAACAGCUGACUGAGCAGUGUGUUGUACCUAUUGCUAGCAAUUCCCAAAAAGGGCAUCUUCAUUUUGUGUAAAUAUAAAGGGACCUUUAGGGCUUUUUUAUUUAUUCACAGCAGAUAAUGGCUGAGACAGAUCCGAAAUCCGUGCAGGACUUUACAAAUGUGGUGCAAACCUUGCUGCAACAGAUGCAAGACAAGUUCCAGACCAUGUCGGACCAGAUCAUUGGAAGGAUUGAUGAAAUGAGCACACGGAUUGAUGACCUGGAGAAGAACAUUGCUGACCUAAUGACCCAGGCCGGCGUAGAGGAAAACGGGGCAAUGCCUGAAAAGCCGAAAGAAAGUGAAGGCUCAUCAUGAAGGCCCCGAGAGAGACAGCCUGAUCCUAUGUACUGGAGCUGUGGAAUUCCAAUCCUGAAAAUGACAUUUAUUUGUGUGAUAUAUAUUUUUAUAUAUAUAUUGACUGUGGUGACAAAUGGUUAUGUAUUGAUUUAAAGACAAAUGGAACGUUAUAUGUGAGAUAGAAUAGUGUGUUUUGCCCGUUAGAACUUUAGCUGUGCAAAAAAUACAAAUGAAUGCAGUUUGUGCACUGGCAGGGAUGUUGUCCUAUAUUGUAAUUGAUUCUUGUGACGUGAGGUGUUGGCUGAUGGAGACACUGUUGCCCAGGCCUGUCAUGGUGUCACUCUGCAAGCUAAUAGGUUGAAAGAAAUACCUUUCAAAGGCGGGAAAUUAACAUCUGACACCUGCAUAAUUUGACAGGCACUGUCCAUUAGCCGUGAGAUGCAUUCCCUCUUAACAGAUUUUCUUCUAUGAAAUACAUUUAAUAAAAUGCUGUUGAGUUACAUAGUA